ACACCAAUACCCUUUCAUUUUUCUUUUAAUUGUCAAAGUUCUCUUAUAUUUUCCACUCUUAAUUUCGUGUCAAUCAACACCAGAUUAACAAUCCACGCAUGACUCAAAACUGUGGAACAGUUGCGCAUGCGCGCAAAGAGUCGCGGAGCUGAACUCGGUCAGUCAUUUGAAGACAUCUCAGCACAGACAAACGCACAAGACUCUUAAAGCUCUGAAAAACACAACGCCCUCACGUGCCAUCUAUUAUUACAGCCUAACAGGUUAUUCUCCAUCCAUCUGAAUGUGCUGCGCUUUUAUGAGCUUUGGUUACCGCCGCGUCUCUUCAUGUUGUUUCUCUGACUGAUCGGAAUCAUGAACAUCUGGACUCGAGCGUUACUUUUGUGUCCAUCUGAGAAAUCCUGCAGAUUUGUUUUAGUUCGGAAGAAAGACGUGUCGGUGUUUGGAGCGCGUUUCUGACCCUGCGCGUCCAUGUGCGAGGACGCGCACAGCCAGAGGAAUGACUGCUUCUAUUAAACUCCUAACAACUUUACUCGGAUGCUUUAUAGAGAUGCACAAGUUCUUCAGUUUAACAGAAGCGAACGAGUAUGAAAGAGCAUCCGUAAACGAAUAUUCAUCUACGAUGUCCCCCUCGGAUUUCCUGGAUAAACUCAUGGGAAAGACGUCAGGUUACGACGCACGCAUUAGACCCAACUUCAAAGGUCCUCCUGUAAACGUUACGUGCAAUAUUUUCAUCAACAGUUUUGGCUCUGUAGCAGAGACCACUAUGGACUACAGAGUCAAUAUCUUCUUAAGGCAGAAAUGGAACGACCCGCGAUUGGCCUACAGCGAAUAUCCGGACUCAUCCCUGGAUCUGGAUCCGUCCAUGCUGGACUCCAUCUGGAAACCCGACCUGUUCUUUGCCAAUGAGAAAGGAGCAAACUUUCAUGAUGUCACCACAGAUAACAAACUCUUGAGGAUCUUUAAGGAUGGAACAGUGCUGUACAGCAUCAGGUUGACAUUAAUAUUGUCGUGUCCGAUGGAUCUGAAGAACUUUCCUAUGGAUGUUCAGACCUGCACUAUGCAGCUGGAGAGCUUCGGUUACACAAUGAAUGACCUGAUAUUCGAGUGGCUUGAUAAAGGUCCGGUUCAGAUGGCUGAUGGUUUGACUUUACCACAGUUCAUUAUCAGAGAUGAGAAAGAUUUGGGUUACUGCACAAAACACUACAAUACAGGUAAGUUCACGUGUAUCGAGGUGAAGUUCCACUUGGAGAGACAGAUGGGAUAUUAUCUGAUCCAGAUGUAUAUUCCCAGUCUGCUCAUUGUCAUCCUCUCAUGGGUCUCAUUCUGGAUCAACAUGGACGCGGCUCCGGCUCGGGUCGCGCUCGGCAUCACCACCGUCCUCACCAUGACGACCCAGAGUUCAGGCUCGAGAGCUUCACUGCCAAAGGUUUCCUAUGUGAAGGCCAUAGACAUCUGGAUGGCCGUAUGUCUGCUGUUUGUUUUCGCAGCUUUACUCGAAUAUGCCGGAGUCAAUUUUGUCUCUAGACAACAGAAAGAGUUUCUUCGUUUAAAGCGAAGACAAAGACGAAGGCAGAAGGAGGACGACUUACAAGAUGGCCGUUUGCACUUCACGGGCUACAACAUGACUUCAUGUGUCAAAGAUGGAAAUGCGGUGAAAAGUCCUUCGACAAACAGCGUUCAGACGCCAGCGCUUCUAAAGGAAACCGAACCCAACAGACGAAAGUUUGUGGACAGAGCAAAGAGGAUUGACACCAUCUCACGAGCGGUGUUCCCGCUGGCUUUCCUCAUCUUUAAUAUCUUCUACUGGAUCACAUACAAGAUCAUCAGACAUGACAGCCCCAGGAAAGUCUAGUUGUGUUGUGUUUGUUUGUUUGUUUCAUGAGAGUGUUGAGCUUUAGAAGCUCUGUAGAAAGACGUUUAGACGCUUUUAUUUUCUGUCAGAGAUUAAAUGUCAUCUGGACUCUGUGGACUAACACCCGCCCCAUGUGACACUGGGAGAUAUUGUGUAGCAAAAAGAAAAUAUAAGACAUUGAAGUAGAUUUACCGUCUUUAAAGGAUUACUCCACAUGACACCCCCAUGUCAUCCAAGAUGUUUGUCUUGUUCAGUCCAAAAGAAUUUUUUUUUUUUUGAGGAAAACAUUGCAGUAUUUUUCUCCAGAUAGUGGACUUUAGAGGCAUAAGGGUCUUCAUUAUCACCAAAAAAGCACUUUUAAAUCAGAACUUAUGUAAUGAAUAUGUAAAUUAUCAGAUUUUUUUGUGAAAGUGAAAUAAUCCUUUAUAUAUACGGUACAUGGUCCAACUGAACAGAGCAAAGGGUGAAAUGUGUUUUUCUACAUAUGAAAGAUAAUGAUCAAUGUUUUAUAUGAUUGUCUCUUAAUAGUUUUUAUGAAUUGUAUAGUAACUUUUUACUUUGAAGGUCGAGUAGCACAUUACAACCAAAACACAAUCUGAUCUCCUAAUAUUAAAUCUGUCACAGGACAGCAGUCAUAUAUUUCACCCCAAUAACCCAAAGACAAACCUGAUGUAGCACUUGUGUAGCACAACUAUAUUAUUAUUAUUAUAUUAUACAGAAUAUAUCAAUCAAGAAUAAACUGAGAAUAAAUAACAAAACCCAAAAGUCAAACUUACAUAUGCAUCAUGUUAUGACAGUUUCAGGGAAAUAUAGCCAAAUAAUGUCACUACUCAAUGAGUCCUAAACAUAGGCCUUAUAUUAUUUAUACUAUACAUAUUUCAUUUCUUUUGAUUAAGGGGUGAAUUGUGAGCAGGCUUCAUUCUCAUCUUUGAGGAUUUGUUGGCAACAGCUUUGUUAUCUUGAGUGUUUUUAAAUGUUGACAGAUAAAAACAUGACUCUCUCAUAAGACUUCAGUAAUGAUGUACUGUAGAUGUGUCUUUUCAUCGUGUCGUGGUGGCUGUGAAGCUAGUUUGUUUUGAUAUCAAGCUAUUAAAUGCUGAAUAUGAAGAACA